CGAACUAAACAGAUUCAUCCCAGAAAUCUAAGAGGUAACAAUGAAGACAGAGGACAUACCCAUGUGUGCAUGUAAUGAGACGGUGGAUACAUUUCAGACAGAAUUAUACAUACACUCUCCACAAGAGGUCGCACCAUUAAGUUCAUGGAUUCAUCCUAAGAAAGUGCUACAUACCUCCUUGCUGAAUAUCACCACCAUCACCUGCAGGGCACUCCUCCUGGGAAGCUGCAUACCAACUCCAGCACCUCGUUCACCCUUCAGAGCAAAAAUGGAGCUCUCCUCCUGAAAUGGCCAUCAGAACUGUUGUCAGGUUACCCUAGAUGUCCUGCAUGGCAUCAACAUGCCUUCCUUUCGGUAUUUCCUUUUUCUUUGGGUAAAGAAAAAAGUCACUGGGGGCCAGAUCAGCUGAGGAGGGAGGGUGCUCCAAUACAGUUACUUGUUCACUGGCUAAAAGCUCCCUCGCACACAGUGCCAUGUGAGCUGGUGCAUUGUCGUGAUACAAGAGCCAUGAGUUGUUGGUAAAAGGUUCAGAUCAUUUUCAUCUUUUCACAUAUAUUUUUCAGCCCUUGCAAAUAGUAAACCUGGCUGCUUCUCCAGUUGGUACAAAUUCAUAAUGAACAAUUCUCCUGAUAUCAAAAAAGCGUAUUUCUCCUUUACCACUGGCCCCUCGGGAUCUCGGGACAGUUAUGGAUCCACUCAUGCGUUGCUGGCAUCUGUUCCAGACAAAAUUGAAGAAGCACAAAAAGAACUUAAUGGGGCAGAAGUUUCAAAGAAAGAAAUCUUAGAGGCUGGUAUUAAAGGAACUUCAGAAUCCCUCAAAGGUGUAAAACGGAAGAAGAUUGUAGCUGAGAAUCACCUGAAAAAAAUACCAAAAUCCCCACUGAGAAAUCCUCUUCAGGCAAAACAUAAACAAAAUACAGAAGGGUCAUCUUUUGCUGUUCUUCAGAGCGCUUCGGAGUCUCACGAGAAACAGGAUUAUAUAAAAAAGGGGAAGCAGUAUACGAAACAAAACGGAGAAGCACCUGGAAUAAUUGCUGAAGCCUCAAAAUCUGAAGAAUCUGUCUCUCCAAAGAAGCCCUCGUUUCUGCAGCACCCAUCGGAACUGUGCAGAUGGAGAUCAGAAGGCACUGACCCCGCCAAAUUCAGUGUCCUGGACAGAAAAUGUGACUCAAGUUCUUUGUCAAGUAAAACCAGGACUGACGAUAGUGAAUGUAUCUCUUCUCACUGUAGUACUACAUCCCCCUCCUACACGAACACCGCCUUUGAUGUCUUACUGAAAGCGAUGGAGCCGGAACUGAGCACCUUGUCGCAAAAGGGCUCAUCUUGUGCAAUUAAGACAGAAAAACUGAGACCAAAUAAAACUGCACGAUCCCCUUCGAAAUUAAAAAACAGUUUGGUAGGUGCCCCGAAUCAGGCUUCGCAGGAAUUUGUUGCUGAAUCCCAGUCUUCUCCUGGUACCUCAUACCCGGGGCAUGAGUCUGCUCCUCAGAGGGAUGAGCAAGGGACAGUGCAGUCGGUUUCUCACCCCUACGCUCAACAUGAGCACUCUGUUUCCACAUCCAGCCAACAAAAUCAACAGCUUCCAGGGUGUUCCGGUUUCACAGGAUCACUGACGAAUCUGCAAAAUCAAGAGAAUGCCAAACUUGAAAAGGUUUAUAAUAUAGCAGUGACGUCAUGCAUAGGUCUGAUUUCGCCUUCCAGUAGAACUCAGGUUACUCCUCAAAACCAGCAACUGGAUUCUGCUUCACCUUUGUCAGUAAGUCCAGCCAAUCCUGCACAGUCGCCCCCCACGCCAGCUUAUAACUCAACUCAUGUCGCCUCUGUUGUUAGUCAACGCGUAGAGCAAAUGUGCAAUCUUCUUCUGAAAGAGCAGAAGCCCAAAAAACAAGGAAAAUAUAUUUGUGAGUAUUGCAAUAGAGCAUGUGCAAAACCCAGCGUGCUUUUAAAGCAUAUCCGCUCCCACACCGGAGAGCGACCCUAUCCCUGUGUGACCUGCGGAUUCUCAUUUAAGACUAAAAGUAAUCUUUAUAAGCACAAAAAGUCCCAUGCACAUACUAUCAAACUGGGUCUUGUCUUACAACCAGAUGCUGGUGGCUUGUUCUUGUCCCAUGAGUCCCCCAAAGCACUUAGCAUCCAUUCAGAUGCAGAAGACAGCGGGGAGAGUGAGGAGGAGGGUGCUGUUGAUGACAGACAGAGUGACCUGGGCGCCAUGGAGCUGCAGCCUGUGCACGUAAUGAAGAGGAUGCCAGGUGCUGAAGCUUUACCAAAAUCUGGUCCCCUUCCAAGCAAUCUAGGUGAUUUUUCACUACAGGACAAGGCUUUAGAAUCCCAGGCUGUGACGGAGUUGCCUAAAGUGGUGGUCCACCCUGUCAGCAUGUCUCCUUUAAGAACUAACAGUCCAAAGGUUGUCGAUUCUAAGCCCGAACUUUCUAGUGCACAAAAACAGAAGGACCUUCAGGUAACAAAUGUCGUGGCACUUUCAGCCAGCGUGUCGCCGCUGGAGAACAACGAGAAUUCUCAUCCGAGAGGGGACGCCAGUCAGCUGGAAGGAAAGCAAGACUGUCACGUAGUAACAGUGCAUGCCCAGCUACAAAGGCAGCAGGCUACCGAUUACUCCCAGGAACAGCCAGGAAAGCUCCUGAGUCCUCGAAGCUUAGGAAGUACAGACUCUGGUUACUUUUCACGCUCUGAAAGUGCUGAUCAAACAGUGAGUCCACCAACUCCCUUUGCUAGAACUUUACCCACCACAGAGCAAGACCCAGUGAAGAAUAAUGGGUCCUCUGUCCCUCGUGGCAAUACAGCAGCACCGUCUGCAUCACCAACUGGGGAAAAGGCAUUGCUUCUGCCAGGUCAGAUGCGCCCACCCUUAGCCACAAAAACACUGGAGGAGCGGAUAUCGAAGCUCAUCUCAGACAAUGAAGCCUUGGUGGAUGACAAGCAGCUGGACAGUGUAAAGCCACGGAGAACAUCUCUCUCAAGACGAGGAAGUAUCGAUUCCCCCAAGUCAUACAUAUUUAAAGAUUCUUUCCAGUUUGAUUUAAAACCAGUGGGACGAAGAACAAGUUCAAGCUCUGACAUACCAAAGUCCCCCUUCACCCCUACUGAGAAAUCAAAGCAAGUGUUUCUUCUGUCUGUACCUUCUCUUGACUGUUUACCUAUUACGAGGAGUAAUUCCAUGCCCACCACAGGGUACUCAGCAGUCCCUACAAAUAUAAUACCACCUCCUCAUCCCCUGAGAGGAAGCCAGUCAUUUGAUGACAAAAUCGGCACUUUGUAUGAUGAUGUCUUUGUGUCAGGACCUAAUACUCCUGUGCCCCAAAGUGGCCAUCCCCGUACUCUUGUCAGACAAGCAGCAAUAGAAGACUCUUCAGCAAAUGAAAAUCAUGUUCUUGGGACUGGACAGUCCUUGGAUGAAAGCUACCAAGGGUGCCAUACUGCUGGGGAGAACGCCUCAGCCAGGAGCAAGGCGUUGGCCCAGGGCCCACAUUUAGAAAAAAAGAAGUCUCACCAAGGGCGAGGGACAAUGUUCGAGUGUGAAACCUGCAGAAACAGGUACAGAAAACUAGAAAAUUUUGAAAACCAUAAGAAAUUUUACUGUUCAGAGUUACACGGACCAAAGACAAAGGUAGCUAUGAGGGAACCUGAACACAGCCCAGUGCCCAGCAGUGCACACCCUCAGAUUCUGCACUACAGAGUCGCUGCUUCCACGGGGGUCUGGGAACAGACACCCCAGAUAAGAAAAAGGAGGAAGAUGAAAAGUGUUGGAGAUGAUGAUGAACUUCAGCAGAAUGACAGUGGAACAUCCCCCAAAAGCUCCGAAGGUCUUCAGUUUCAGAAUACUAUGGGCUGUAGUCCCAGUUUGUCGAAACAUAAUGUUGCCAUGACAAGUGACCACCAGCAUAAAAAUGUGCACUUGCAAAAUACCCAAAUUCAGCUCAUUGCCAGGGGCGCCAACCAAACUGUGGAUCCCAAGCUGUCUACCAUCACAGAGCCACAGAUAAGUUCAGUUGCCCAGGACAAAACAGAGUUAAAGAGGCAUGGGACUGGGAUCUCAGUGAUCCAGCAUACCAACUCCCUGAGCAGGCCCAAUUCAUUCGACAAACUUGAGCCUUUUGAAAGAGCCUCCCCAGUUUCUUUUCAGGAGCUGAGGAGAACAGGGAAGCUGGAGUCACUGAAGGUCGUAGGAAUGUCCCAAGAAGAAAGUCACCCUUCUCGCAGCGCAUCUCAUCCUCACCAGCCUGUACUGUCUGACGCUCUCAGAGGAGAACUCCAGGAGAGCUCGAGAAAGAAGAUUUCAAGUGAACGUCACCUGUUAGGACACCCCUCCAGGCUUGUCCGGCAGCACAACAUCCAAGUCCCAGAGAUUUUGGUCACAGAAGAACCAGAUCGGGACCUGGAAGCCCAGGGCCACGAUCAGGAAAGAUCAGAGAAGUUCAGCUGGCCUCAGCGUAGUGAAACCUUAUCAAAAUUGCCAACCGAGAAGCUGCCACCCAAAAAGAAGAGGCUCCGUCUGGCUGAGAUAGAGCAUUCGUCCACCGAGUCAAGCUUUGAUUCCACCCUGUCUAGGAGUCUGAGUCGGGAGAGCAGUUUAUCACACACUUCCAGUUUCUCGGCCUCAUUAGACAUAGAGGACAGUUCUAAAACUGAGGCUUGCCCCAGAGUUGAUUUUCUGAACAAAGCCGAGUUUCUUGUGAUUCCAGCUGGCUCCAAUACACUGAGUGUUCCUGGAAGUCACCGGGAAAUGAGGCGUGCUGCGUCAGAACAGAUUAAUUGCACCCAAACUGCAAUGGAGGUGUCAGAUUUCAGGAGUAAAUCUUUCGACUGUGGAAGCAUAACCCCACCCCAGACGACAGCCCUUCUAGAACUGCACCCUCCAACUUCCCCUUCUGGCAUGGGAGCCAGUGGGCAUGUGCCUCUUUUAGAAAGAAGGAGAGGUCCACUGAUACGGCAGAUUUCUUUAAACAUAGCUCCAGACAGUCAUCUGUCUCCUGUAAGCCCAGCAUCUUUCCAACAUCUUGCUCUUCCCAGUGUGAACACAGCGCCGUUUCAGGGGCCCCAGCUCACUAAUACAUCUUUAGCUGAGUUUCCUGUAAAUACCCUGCGCUCCCAGACUCAAGUUAAGGACCUGCAGGCAGAAAUGUCAAACCCCAGCUCCACUAGCAUCUUUCCUGUUCAACAGCUUUGUGGUAUCAGUCUGUUAAAUCAGAUCCAUGUACCCCUGAGCCGCCAGAACACACAGAUGUCUCUGCAAGUGUCUGCACAGGGUGACAAACCAGGUGCCAGUUCUGCUUUAUGUGUGUCUUCAAAAAGUGAGGAUUGCUUUGCUCCCAAGUAUCAACUGCAGUGCCAGGUUUUCACUUCAAGCCAGUCCUGCUCUUCUACACCCAUACAUCCUUUGCCAAGUUCAGUUCCUUCCGAUCCGGCCGCAGCAGAUCAUUGCACGACAUCAGCAGCAUUACCAACAAAAUUAAUAGACACCGUGUCAAAUUCGUGCCCUCUGCCACCACUGGAGCUUGGGUCCCUUGGCGGUGGUCCAGGGCAGAAGGUGCCAUCAUCAUUUAUGCUGCCCAUAUGCCUGCAGAGGAGUGUCCCUGCUUACUGUUUUGCCACAUUCCCAUCCCUGCCACAAAUCCUAGUGACCCAGGAUCUGUCCACUCAGCCAAUUUGCCAGGCUAAUCAUAAUAUAAUGCCAAUCAGUGAGGAACAAAAUUCUGUGCCAGAAUCACAAAAAGAUCACCAAAAUGCUUUGCCAAACCCAGAGAAAGAACUUGUUUGUGAAAAUGUCUUUUCAAAAAGGGGCCAGAAUUCUUCUCCCUUGGAAUCCUUGCCCAUCACUCAGAAAAUGUCUGUGGGUAGACUUUCCCCUCAACAAGAAUCUUCAGCUUCCAGUAAAAGGAUGCUUUCCCCAGCAAAUAGCUUAGACAUUGCCAUGGAAAAGCACCAAAAGCGCGCCAAAGAUGAGAACGGAGCUGUUUGUGCGACAGACACUAGGCCAGUAGAGCUGCUGAGUCCAAGAGCUAACGAUGCUAACAAGCAGAAGAAGCCUGUCCUAGUGAGGCAGGUUUGUACCACAGAACCCCUGGAAGGCGGGAUAUCGGAACAGGAUACUUUUUCUCAGCCUGAAACUAGUAGUAGUGAGGCUGUCAGUGUGACACAGGUUUUACCAGUUGAUAAUUUGUCAUCAGGACACUCCAGGUUUGUAGUGAUAGAACCUAUAAAUGAAUUGCAAGAGUUUGAAAACAUCAAGUUGUCCAGCUCAUUAACUCUUACAGUUCAAAAUUCGCCUGCCCCUUCAGAAAAUACUCACAUUUCUCCUCUGAAAUGUAUAGACAAUAACCAAGAAGGGAAGGCUCCAGGGGUUAAAAAUCAGGGUGACAAAGUGAACAUGCAAGAACAACCAGCCACUGCUGUUGCACUGAUUGAUGUUGGGGACACACAGCAGCUGCCUUUCCCCAGCCUGAAGACUGCAACCAGCUUUACCUGGUGUUAUCUCUUAAGGCAGAAGUCACUGCAUUUGCCUCAGAAGGACCAGAAAACUUCAGCCUAUACUGACUGGACAGUAAGCUCCAGUAAUCCAAAUCCACUUGGUUUGCCCACGAAAGUUGCUCUUUCUCUCCUGAAUUCGAAGCAGAAUACUGGAAAAUCAUUAUAUUCUCAAGCAAUAACUACUCAUUCCAAGUCAGAUUUGUUGGUCUAUUCAAGCAAGUGGAAGAGCAACUUAAACAAGAGAGCAUUAGGUAAUCAAAAGUCCACAGUAGUUGAAUUCAGCAAUAAAGAUGCCUCUGAAAUUAACAAUGAGCAAGAUAAAGAAAAUUCCUUAAUCAAAAGUGAACCAAGAAGAAUUAAAAUAUUUGAUGGAGGAUAUAAAUCAAAUGAAGAGUAUGUAUAUGUCCGAGGCAGGGGAAGAGGAAAGUACAUUUGUGAAGAAUGUGGAAUACGUUGUAAGAAACCUAGCAUGUUAAAGAAACACAUAAGAACCCACACAGACGUCCGUCCCUACCACUGCACUUACUGUAACUUCUCCUUUAAGACCAAAGGAAAUCUGACAAAACACAUGAAGUCCAAGGCACAUAGCAAGAAGUGUGUGGAUUUAGGCGUCUCAGUAGGUUUAAUAGAUGAACAAGAUACAGAAGAAUCAGAUGAGAAACAAAGAUUCAGUUGUGAGCGGUCUGGAUAUGACCUUGAAGAAUCUGAUGGCCCAGAGGAGGACGAUAAUGAAAAUGAAGACGACGAUGAAGAUAGCCAGACUGAGUCAGUCCUGUCAGCCGCACCCUCCGUCACAGCCAGCCCGCAGCACUUUCCGUCCAGAAGUAGCCUUCAGGACUCUGUGGGUGCGGAUGAGGACAUCAGGAUUAGCGACUGCUUUUCUGGGGCACACACAGACCCAAUGGAUGUUCUGCCUAGAGCCUUACUCACCAAGAUGACAGUCCUGAGCUCAGUACAGUCUGACUACAGUCGGAAGACAGACUUUCUGGGGAAGGCCGGGCAGCGUACUGCAAGGGGUGACGAUGAGGUGGUUCCUCCUGCAGACUCUUCCAGGUCACCAGAAACUGCACCCAGAUCCCCAUGUCAUCAGAUGUCUGUGGACUAUUCUGAAUCAGAAGAGGUUCUAAGAAGUUCUGUGGCUGGAAAGGCUAUUGCUUUAACACAGAGCUCUUCAUCUGCAGGACUCCCUCCCGCUGCAGCCAAGCACAGCCCUCUGACGGCAGCGGGGAUGCCUUCCGUGUCCUCGCCCGCCCCUCACCUUCAGGAGCAAACAUCGCAGGCGACUCUGCAGCCGGCCCCAGGCUUGCCUUCUCCCCAGACACGUUUGUUCAGCCACCUUCCUUUGCAUUCCCAGCAGCAGUCAAGGACACCUUACAACGUGGUUCCAGUCGGGGGCAUCCACGUGGUCCCUGCUGGCCUCACCUACUCCACGUUUGUGCCCCUCCAGGCUGGGCCAGUGCAGCUCACAAUCCCCGCCGUCAGUGUUGUGCACAGAACUAUGGGCGCCCCUGGGGACACGGUCACAGAGGUGUCUGGUACUACCAACCCCGCUGCAGUGGCUGAGUUAAGCAGUGUCGUGCGGUGUAUUCCCAUUGGCCAAAUCCGUGUGCCAGGCCUUCAGAACCUCAGCACGCCGGGCUUGCAGUCCCUUCCGUCAUUAAGCAUGGAAACCGUCAAUAUCGUCGGCCUCGCCAAUGCGAACGUGGCCCCACAAGUGCGUCCCCCGGGACUGGCCUUGAACGCGCUGGGGCUGCAGGUCCUGACCGCCGCCCCUUCCUCGCAGAGCAGCCCGGCCCCUCAAGCGCACAUUCCAGGUCUGCAGAUCCUGAACAUAGCCUUGCCCGCCCUGAUCCCCUCUGUCAGUCAAGUACCCGUGGACGCGCAGGGGCCCCCCGACACCCCAGCUUCGCAGAGCAAAGCCCGCGAGAAGCAACCCAUGCAGACUAAUGUAGCUGACGCAAACCAGGUCAGCAGGACAGAAUCUCCUCAGGGGUCCCCUAACAUCCAGCGGGAACACACCCACAAAGGCCUGGCCCCACCUGCAGCCCACGGACGGGUCGAUGGCUCAAGCAAGAUGGACACAGAGAAGGCGGCCUCGGCAAAUCAUGUGCAGCCCAGCCCUGAACUCGCCCGCAGGCAGGGCCAGCCGGCCGCAGACCCGCUGCAGGCCCAGGCCGAAGGGGUCGCAAGGUCAGCCGGCCGGCAGGUCCUCCCUCCGGAGGGCCCGGGGCCCAGGCCCACAGCGCUGCCACGGAGGCAGCCCCCAGUGCAGUUCAGCGACGUGAGCAGCGACGAGGACGAGGACCGGCUGGUGAUAGCCACCUAGUGGGCUUUAUUUUUAAAUUGUUUCUUUUUUAAUAACACUUAAAGGUUUCUUUGAAAACCCUCCUUUCCUUAAAGCACAUUUUUCUGGCAUAAACUCACGACUAAUAUUUGUGCAAUCAUGAACUUUUGACCAAUAAUUGUUGUUUUGUGUCAGCUCCAGCCAUUUUUGUACAUGUUGUAUAGACAAUUGUGCCUUUUAGGAGUUUUAUGUUUAGAAACUGUACAAAUUGUUGAAUAUCUAUAUACAUAAAAAAUAUUAUAUAUGUAUAUGAAAACCAGGUAGUUAUUUGUGUUUUAGUAAGGAAAACCUGUCAAAUAAAUCAGAUGAUUAAAUUAUAUGUUGCACUGUUCAAUAUGAAUUUUAUGGCUGUGGGGCAGAGUUUCUGUGUGUAAAUUAGUAUGUAAACUCCAUAUUUAUUGUAUUCCUAUUAGUCUUUGAAAAUAAGUCUGUCCUUGUGUAAGGCUGUAACUUUACACUUCAGACAGAUUUUCUGUGUUAUGAAAUGUUUCAGUAAAAUAUUGUUUACUGACUUUA